UUUGUUUUAUACAUAUUGUGUUUGUAAUUACGAGAAUUUUAUUUUUCUCUUUUAUGAAAAAACGUUCUUUUGUAGAGCGAAAAGCAUUUGACAGAUGGAAUCUCGUUUACCGAAACCAAAAAUAAUGAUAAAAGCGAAUAGUAUAACGGAUAUAAGUGUUAAGAAUAAUAGUCAUAAAGUAACAAAAAGUAAUAUAUCAACUUCAACAUCAAUGAUAACGUCAACAAUAACGUCAACAUUAACCUCAACAUCAGCAGGUACAGCUAGCAUGAAAUCUAUGACUGAAAACAAAUUACCAGUUAAACAAGCCUUAGUUCGAGCAAAGACAUUAUCUACAAUCACACGAUCAAAUAAUGUGCAGAAAGCAGUAAAACGAACAGCUACUAAUGUAGUGCAUGGAGAAGCAAAGAAAGCUUUUGUUAAACCUGUUACUAAAGCACUAAUGGACAAGCCAAUUAAUAAUGUAUUGAUGACUAAUAAUAUGGUGAAGAAGGUAAAUAAAAUCAUUCAAAAUGACAAGGAUAAUAAGACAGGCAAAUUAAAUAAAUGGGAUAUGCGAGGUCGUUUGGCACAGGCAAAUGAUAAGUUAUCAGUUGCACAACGAAAGAAUAAAGACACAGAGUCAAAAUGCAAUAUGCUCCAAGAAUUGGUAGAUACUCUAAAAGCUAGUGAAACUGCAUGUAAAACUGAAGCAGAAAAACUUGAAGUUUUAAAUAACACUUUGACUAAUGAACUUCAGACUCUAACAGAGGAAAUGUUUACAAUUAGAAAAAAUGAAGAAGAUUUAGUCAAACAAUUGAAAGAAUCAAAAGAAUUAUGCACAAGUCUUUCUUGUACAUUGAAUGAAUUUCAAGAAAAAUAUAAGAGUCAAGAGGUAUUGAACUUGGAACAAACUAAACAAUUAACAGUUUUGAAAUCAGAUUUAGAGUUACAGGAAAAGUUAAAUAAAGAUUUGAAUAUUGUCAAAGAAGAAUUACAAGCAUUAACUCAUAAAAUGGAUAAAGAUCGUAGAGUAUUGCACAAUACUAUACAAGAAUUAAAAGGCAAUAUUAGAGUAUUUUGUAGAGUUCGCCCAAGAACUCCUAAGGAAAUUGAACAAACGAAAGUGCUGUGUAAUAUAAACUUUAUAGAUGAUUGCACUAUUGAAGUAGGCAAAUCAGAUGGAUCAGAUGCAAUCAGCUGCAGUCGGAAGUUGCGAGGAAUAAAACAAGAAUUUUCGUUCGACAAAGUAUUCACUCCCAAUGCAUCGCAGGCAGAUGUAUUUGAAGAGUUAUCCCUUUUAGUACAAUCAGCCCUGGAAGGAUAUAAUGUUUGCAUAUUUGCUUAUGGCCAGACUGGUUCUGGUAAAACAUAUACAAUGGAAGGGGAAUGUGAAUUACAAACCGAAGGCAUGAUACCUAGAACAGUACGUCACAUAUUUAAAGAAAUGAAACAGUUUGAACUUCUUGGUUGGGAGUAUCAAAUAGAAGCAAGUUUUCUGGAAAUUUAUAAUGAACAUAUUGUUGAUCUUCUUGAUUCUCAAUCAAAAAUACACGAAAUACGAAUGGUUGAUAAUAAAAGUCAGGAUUUAUAUGUUAGUAAUCUUCAAGUAGAAGAAAUACAUAGUCCUGAAGAAUUGUAUAAAUGUCUUCAAAUUGCACAACGUAAUCGAGCUGUUGCGGCUACUCAAUCAAAUGAACGAUCAUCUAGAUCACAUUCCGUGACAAGAAUACGAUUAAUUGGUACACAUAUCACAAAACAAGAAAUAUCGAUAGGAAAUUUGAAUUUAGUCGAUUUAGCUGGAUCCGAACGUUUGAAGACCGAAGAAGCUGUUAGAACUACAGAAACAAAAAAUAUUAAUAAAUCUUUGGCAAAUCUUGGUAACGUCAUUUUAGCACUUUUAAAGAAACAGGAACAUAUUCCUUAUAGAAAUUCUAAAUUGACUCAUUUAUUGAUGCCUUCUUUGGGAGGCAAUUCAAAAACUUUGAUGUUAUUAAAUGUAUCUCCAUUAGACGAAUGUUAUAACGAGACAUUAAAUUCGCUAAGAUUUGCUAGUAAUGUCAAUAAUUGUAAGACUGAAAAAGUUAAACGAAGCCGAAUGAUUUUAUAAGAUACGCUAACUAAUAAAUUUAGAAUGU